UUUUAAUGUUAUAGAAAGGAAAGAUAUAAAUAUUGUGAGACAAAAAUAUUUCAAUAAGUAUCUGUAACAUAAUAUUAACCAGUGUUAAUCUGUAAUUAAGAACCGUUUUUCGGGCACUUAAAAGGCGAUUAAAAAUUUACACCAGCAAACUAUGAAAUAUCGUCAUUCUAAACAAAAAUAAGGAAUAAACACAUUAUUAGCCAAGAUGAAUUCGCUUCAAUUUCGUGCUAGUAAAAAUAUGUUUUGCUUAUUAACAUUAAGGUCACCAAAGACUCACACACUUGGGUAUUCAACAUUAUUAGCCAAGAAAGAGAAUGAAGACAAAUCUACUGUUAAUACUGAGGAUGUCAAGCUGCAUGCCAAAUUAAGUGACCAAUGGUGGGAUCCCAACGGACCCAUGAAAGCACUACAUGCUUUCAAUAUGAUUAGAGUGCCAUUUGUAAGAGACGGCUUAGUGCACUCUCCACCAGAUCAGAGAACCAGUACACCUCUCUUGGGAAAGAAGAUCUUAGAUAUUGGGUGUGGAGGAGGAAUUCUUUCAAUGCCUUUAGCCAAACUCGGCGCCGAGGUGACCGGCGUCGACGCCAGCAAGGAGCUGAUAGAAAUGGCGCAAGAACACAGCCAGGCGCACCCGCCUUUACCUGGGAAACGGCCCUCAUAUAUAUGCACGUCGAUUGAGGAACACGCAAAAGAUCACGCCAACGUCUACGACGGAGUAGUGGCUUCGGAAAUAAUAGAACACAUCGAGAACGACAAAAAGGAAUUGUUCAUCAAAUCCUGCAUACACACGCUGAAGCCAGGCGGGAGGAUUUUCUUCACGACUCCUACCAGAACUAGGUUGACACAGUUCACGGCGAUAUGCUUAGCGGAGAACGUGUUGAACGCUUUACCAAAGGGCACACACCAAUAUGAGAAGUUCACCACGCCGAACGAAAUGACGUUGCUAUUAGAGAGAAAUGGUUGCCAUGUGGAAGCGGUCCUCGGCAACUUCUACAACAUACUCCAAAACAAGUGGUAUUGGAUCAGUUCCACCACUUUAUUCUUUGCUCUGCAAGCCAUUAAACUAGAAGACGAAGCGUUACCGAGAUAGCCAACUCAAGAUCAAUGUUCUUAUACUUUCUAGUCGUAUAAUAUAGCUUCGAUAUGAGAA